CAACCUUGGAUCUGUGCACGAACCUAAACCAGCGAUGUAUUAGUAGUUUGUGAUCAAUAUCUGCGUUAAAAAGAGACAAUUUAACACUGUUGUCAAAAUAAAAACACGACCUGGAGCCGCUAGUGAUGUUUCCACCAGACACGAACAUGUUCAGACAGUGAAUCCUCCAGAUCAACACUGAGAUGUCUCUGCCAAAGAUCAGUCGUCUCCCUCCAGCGAGGCUGCUGACCUCCGUCCACCAGCAGCUGUUUCUCCCCGCUGUCGGUCCUCCCACUGUGCCCAGAAGAGCUGUGAGUCACGGGGAAUACAGACGGCCCGGCCAGCCCAGAGACGACAAGUUUCCAUGGCAGAAGAUUAAUUUUGACUUCUCGAAGGGCUUGGAGGGAGUAAAGAAGCAUUUUGCGCUGCUGAAAAAGGAGUUUUCUGAGCGCUGGGUCGGUCCAGACGGGAAAACCCUUACUGAGCACAUACUGGAGCAGAACAGAGUCGUGUGGGAGUUCAGAGGUACAGAGAGCCUGGAGCAGUGGGCGGUGUCCUCGGAUCGUGAGAUAGGAGGUCAAAGUGAAAUCUACUUGAAGCUUGGCAAAAACAAUAAUACAUGUCUUCUGUACGGGACUCUGAGCUCUACUCCUCCGAAAGAUGGAGAGACACGCUACAGUGGCUACUGCAACAUGCGCUCCAAGAAACCUCUGGCUUCAUUUGAUAGAAAGAAGCAUUAUGAUUGGUCAAGUUUCAACACGCUGCAUAUGCGCGUGCGUGGUGACGGCCGUCCGUGGAUGAUCAACAUAGCAGCAGAAACAUACUUCGCUCACCAGAAGGACGACAUAUACAGUUACUUCCUGUAUACCAGAGGAGGACCCUACUGGCAAGACGUCAAGAUCCCUUUUUCAAAGUUCUUCAUCACACAUCGGGGAAGGAUACAAGAUGAUCAGCAUCCUCUCUGGGUGGAUAAGGUGAACACCAUUGGAUUUACCUUGGGAGAUAAAACAGAUGGUCCAUUCCAGCUGGAGAUAGACUACAUUGGCGUCUGCAAAGACACUGCACACACUGAGGAGUUUGCCUAUGAGGCGUACAAGAGGAAUCCUGAAAUUUGAGUGCUACAGAAGUGCUACAGAUGGAGCUACUAAUUGUAUAAAUGUAUUAUACUGUUGCUGGUAAUAAAUGAAUGAACCACCUUCUUGUGGCAGACAACCAAUUACACCUUAUUUGUCUCAGUAAUUC